UAGCCCGUGAUAAAGUAAGAUAAUUGGCGCUGGAAGAUCAUAACUAUUGUUGAAAGAUUGAUUAAGGCAUGAAAGCUUGUGUUGGAUGGCGUCGUUUCCUUUUCUGUUUCCCACUUAUUUUCAUCCUUCCUCAUUUAUUUUCUGUUCUGGAAUUGCACCAGAAUCAAGCAGUCACAGAUUCCCCCAAGGAAAACACGAAGAAGUUUGAUGUUCAGCAUUCAUCAGGAGAUGAUGCCCCCAAGAAAAUAACCAAGAAAUUUGAUCACCUGGUUCUUGGACCUGCUGCCGGAGAAGGCUUGCCCAACCGUUUGCAAUGCCGAGGAGUUAAAGCUCUCAACAAGACCUAUUUUUCAAACCCUUCUCAUGCCUCUAGUGUCGGUGAUGGUAUUGCCUUUGUGAGUUUUACCAUUUACAACAACUCACCCGAUGCCCUUGCGGAUGGUAAACCAUCAAACUUGGUCACUGUUGGGAAUGCUUCAUAUAGUAAGCCAGAGCGAUCUAUGGCCAUUUUGAAUGUGUUCAUUAAGUUCAUUCAGGUGAGAAUGCCUCAGAGCAAUAUUAUUAUUCUGACUGAUCCAGAAUCUGAUUUGUCACUGCACCAAAACAGUGUUACUGUACUUCCCAUUCAGGGUGAAUAUUCCCGAGACAAGUUGAUGCUUCAAAGAAUCAGGUCUUACAUUACAUUUCUCGACAUCAGGCUUGAGAAGCUGUCGCAGGAGCAGGGGCGUAUAACUCAUUUCAUCUUUUCGGACUCGGAUAUUGCUGUAAUUGAUGACUUGGGUCAGAUAUUUGAAAAGUACCAAGAUUUCCAUGUGGCUCUUACCUUCAGGAACAACAAAGAUCAGCCUUUGAAUUCUGGAUUUAUUGCUGUGAGGGGUACACGUGAUAGUAUUUUAAGGGCUAGAACUUUUUUACAGAAAGUAUUAGAAGUCUAUAGUUCCAAAUACAUGAAGGCUUCCCGAAUGCUUGGUGAUCAGCUGGCCCUUUUCUGGGUCAUAAAGUCCGAUGCCUCUUUUGAUGCAAAAAGAUUUAGUAAAGCUCAGGCUUUUAUCAAAGAGAUCGGUGGUGCAUCAGUGCUGUUUUUACCGUGUGCUACAUAUAAUUGGACACCGCCUGAGGGUGCUGGCCAGUUUCAUGGCAUGCCUCUGGAUGUCAAGGUUGUUCAUUUUAAAGGAUCAAGGAAACGCUUGAUGCUCGAGGCUUGGAACUAUUUCAGCUCUUCUGCUGACAUUUCAGAUAUGUUAUGCCUCAUCUUGAAGAGUGGGAGAACAAAGUACGACUUUUGAGCAAUUUCAUUUGAUUUUUGCAUGGAAUUAGUUAGCAUGCUAGGUUAUACAUUUAGGUGAUGCUUGAUUUUCGCACGUUUUGAUCGAAUCUAAUACAUGAAUACAUAUAGAAGACAGCUUAUAGAUUCAAGAUUGUGGAAAUGUACAAUUUGCGAAAGUUUUCAUCAUUCAUUUGAGAAACAAAUGCAGUAGAAAUAUGUACAAUUGUAGUUUUUGGUUAAAGCAGAUAAAGUGAAUUUUUUCAUGCCUCUCUAACCCGGGGAUCAAA